AUGAUUACAGGAAAUAUCCGGCCUCAUAAAACAACAGGGAAUGGGAUCAAAGGGAAGCCCCCGUACUCAGUGGAAACACCGUAUGGCUUUCGACUUGAUCUGGACUUCCUCAAAUACGUAGAUGACAUAGAGAAAGGCAACACAAUCAAAAGAGUCCCCAUCCAGCGCCGAAGCAAAGGCCCCAGGGCCAGCACUCUUCCCAGGCAACUCAAUCCUUCUGGGUGUGGCUACCGCCCGAGUCCCUGGGGAUCUACUGGAGCUCUUGGCCCCAGGUCCCGACUGUCAGAUGCCCAUCACCAUGGCUACUCUUCCUGGGCAAAUGAUCCCAGGUUGCCACUUUCUCCUACAGGGCUCACAUCCCUGGCAGAGAUGGAGGCCAGAAUCAAGGAGUUUGAUGAGCAACCUCUUGGUGAGCACAUCAGGCCUCAUCUCCUGCGUGCCUCCAGUCUUCCACUCACAGUUUUACUGAGACAGGGGACAGAGUCCAGAGACGACCCCAGCAGCCUCAGGAGUUCAAGGGAUCCCCUCGGAGUUAGAAACACCUCCUGUGAAGAUGUCUUCGACUCCCCGGACAGCCCUCGACCACAGGACUGCUCAGGUCUGUUGAGGCGCCUGAAAGAGGCCCUGGAACGUGUGGCGGAGCUGGAGAUGGAGAUGAGGGUGGUUCCAGAGCUUAGGGCGCAUAUCUUCAUCCUCCAGGAGGAAAGAGAAAGGCUCCGUCUGGACCUGAAUCCACAUUCCCCCCCCUCCUCAAUGAAUGGAACCAGAGACCCUUACACCUCGUCCCAAUACGGCACAGUGGACAUCAAAAGGCCUCGGCAUGAAAGUCACAUCAUGUUUCCUAGAAAUCACAGCGUCAGUCGAGAGGGAUCUAAUCCCACGCAUGAGUGGAGGACUAGUACAGAUCUGGAUGAGCUGCUGACGGUGACGUCCCUGCAGGCUAAAGUAGCUGUGCUGGAGCAGAAGCUGCAUGAGACUAGCCUGGAGCUGCAGAGGGCUUCAGGGCUGCUGAGGGAGCAGCAGGAGGAGAGCAGAAGAAAAGAUGAGAAGAUGGAGCACCUAAUCAGGAAUCCUGCAGCUUGGGUCAGUGCAGAGAGGGUGUUAGUAGACCAGGAUGGAGAUGAGACAGUGGUGGGAGCUAUUGAACCAUAUAAUAAAGUGUCAAGAAGUCCAAAUGCAAGAACUGUUACUGCAAACGGACAAAGAGGUCGACAACAAGAUCCACUAGUGUCUGUGGACCCUAGAGCGGCUUCAGAUGAAACAGCAGUGGUUGUCCACCACAUGAAAAAGGUCAAGAGGCUCCUGGAUCAGCAGUGGGAGUGUCUGUGUGUAGGCCAUGAGUUAGGAAAGGAGGGCAAACCUCUACAGCACCCAGACCCCAAAGUCAACUCCCUGCAGCAGGAGAUGAUGGGACUCGUGGAGAUCCUUACUUCCUACUACACCCAACAAGGGCACAGUGAUGGAGAGAGGAUUCAACAAGGAGUUUCUAAAUCCAUCAUGAGGACAGAUGGAUGCGCCCAGUUGUCAAAAAGUCUACAUUCUGUGGGUGUUAAUGAAGGACGUAAAAGUGGAAAUGUGGUUGGGCAGGAUUGUGGGAAUGAGAGCGGGCAGAAGGAGAGCAGCAUCAGCCCUAGGGAGAUGGCUGCUGUCCAGGUGGAUGGAGUCCCAGAGAUGAGACGAAUGGAGGGAAUGACGCAAACGAGUCCAGACGGACAGAUAAUAUCGGGAGGAGCAGGAUCAGGGCGGACAGAUGGAAACGUAGUGUCUGUGGAAGCUGAAAAAAUGUCCAAGACGAAAGCACAGCCCCCAGGAGAACAGAUGGAGGGGAACUCUGGAUCAGAAACCACCACUGGGGCCAGAGAGACAGUGAGUGCAGAUUUUCUGGCUGCCUGUCAUCUGCUCAACGAUCACAUGGACAACAUGGAUAACCCCAAUGAUGACAUGAGGAAGGCCCUGGUUGUGUUGUUUCAGCACUGGUUCAGCGCGGCGGCCGAGGAGACUUCGGUGGCCAGCAGGGUGGCCGUGUACCUGAGAGAAGUGAAGAAGGCCACGCCUUCACUGUUGGCCUUCUUGAUCAACCUGGCUGAUGACAACGGCAACACAGCGCUGCAUUACAGCGUGUCUCACUGCAACUACAGCAUCGUCAGCCAGAUACUGGACACAGGUGUAAGUGAUCUGAGCCUUCAGAACAAUGCCGGCUACACAGCAGUGAUGCUGGCCUCACUAACAGCGCCUGAUGGUCCAGGUGGCAUGGAGGUGGUCCGCAAGCUAAUGGAGCAGAGCAACAUUAACAUUCGCUCCAGCCAGACGGGUCAAACCGCUCUGCACUUGGCAGUGAGACACGGGCGAGUAGUGAUGGUUCGCCUGCUUUUGAGCUGUGCGGCAGAUGCUAACCUCCAGGACAGCCAGGGAACAACGGCCCUGAUGUUCGCAUCUGAGAGGGGCCACACACACAUCGCAAGGCUGCUGCUGGAGAGGAGCCUUUGUGACCUCACCCUGACUGACAAGCGUGGUCAAACUGCACUCUCCAUCGCCAUGCAAGGUUCCCACACUGAUACCGCCGCCCUCCUGCAAGCCCAUGCUAAAGCUCGAGCUUUGUAGUACUGGAAAACAAUCUGCAGACAUAUGA